UACUCCAUUUAGCUGCACUGUGUGUGUGUGUGUGUGUGUGUGUGUGUGUGUGUGUGUGUUUGUGUGUGCGUGUGUGUGUGUGUGUGUUUGUGUGUCACACACGAGAGAGAGAGAGAGAGAGAGAGAGAGAGAGAGAGAGAGAGAGAGAGAGAGAGAGAGAGAGAGAGAGAGAGAGGCCCCGGAUGUGGCCUCAAGGCAGCAGCAGCAGCAGGACAGCAGGCACAGCCAUGGCUAACAUUGCGGUCCAAAGGAUCAAGCGGGAGUUCAAAGAAGUUCUUAAAAGCGAAGAGACAAGUAAAAACCAGAUAAAAGUAGAUUUGGUGGAUGAGAACUUCACAGAGCUGAGGGGAGAGAUAGCAGGUCCUCCAGAUACACCAUAUGAAGGUGGCAGAUAUCAGCUUGAAAUAAAAAUCCCAGAAACCUAUCCUUUUAACCCGCCAAAGGUGCGUUUCAUUUCUAAGAUCUGGCACCCUAAUAUUAGUUCUGUGACAGGAGCUAUAUGUCUGGACAUUUUAAAAGACCAGUGGGCAGCGGCUAUGACCCUGCGGACGGUGCUGUUGUCUCUACAGGCUCUCCUCGCAGCAGCAGAACCAGAUGAUCCACAGGAUGCAGUAGUAGCAAACCAGUACAAGCAAAACCCAGAAAUGUUCAAACAGACGGCAAGGCUGUGGUCUCACGUCUAUGCAGGCGCUCCUAUCUCCAGUCCCGACUACACACGCAAAAUAGACAAACUCUGUGCCAUGGGCUUUGAUAAGAAUGCAGUAAUAGCGGCCUUGUCUUCAAAAUCCUGGGACGUGGAAACGGCGACAGAGUUGCUCCUCAGCAACUGAAACGCAGCCAGGUGUGAGGAUCCCAACUCCCUUCAUCAUAACAUCAGCUCCUUUCUGGCAACCAUUCCACCAUUGCCUUUUUGUUACACAGACGCCCCCCUCCCCCCCUCUCCCCCCCACAUUCACCACAGCAGUCUGAGCCUUCUUUUAUGACAAGUUUGUUUGCUACAAACUCAACAACGGUAGCUCCGCAAUUGCCAAUAUGCACAACACCCUGUUGCCUGUCCGACCCCAUCUGUCCAUCCCGCUUUCUUUUCUUCCACUAACUCCAAAUGUUUACUCGUAAUAAGCUACCAAAACCUUUCACUCUUUCAUCUUGUCUUCUAUGCUUCUUAUGCAUAUUGGCUCUGAAACCUUUUUUUUUUUUAAACAAAUUUCUGUUCCUAAUCCUGCAAAGAAUCAAAUAACUGCCAUUUCCUGCUAGAUUGUCCAGGGUAAAAUGUGAAGGAAAUCUGCAUACAGCUCUCAGUAAAUCACCAUUUACUCCCUGCAACAACCAGUUAAACCUUAUGUCAAAUUAUUCUCUUUUAAGGACAAUUAAAACUAUAAAGGUCUGUGGAUAGUGUUCUGCAGUGAACAGUGUGAUGGAUAGUUCCUUAACCGUUUAUCAUAGAAUCUUCAACGACCUGCAGAGGUUUUCUCUCCGCAGAAUUAGAAAAGAUUACUCAAACAUCAAACAGAAAAGUUAUCUGUAAAUAGAUGUGUAAAUUUGAAAAUACAAUGCGAUUAUACUUCUUUUUUCUCCUACAUGGCAUUGUAAAACAAAUUAUUUUAAAUAUAAACUAUGCCUACAAUUAUAUGGAGAUAUACAUUUUUAAUGCUUUUGUGAUCCAUGAGAAAUCCCUGUUUUUUUCUUAUUCAUUUUAAGAUUGUUGUUUAGGGAUGACACAGCCAAAAUCCUGGCCCUAAUUGGACAGGAGGUGACAGCCAGCUCGGGCCCUUACAUGCAGCCUUUCCUGCUACACCACAAACCAACUCUUUCUUUUCCUUGCAUGUUCUAUGCUGCCUUUUGUUUUAUUUGGCCAAAUGAUGUGGUGAUGGAGGUUGGGUGGGGUCUGUUCGGUUACACUUCCCUUCAGACUUGUGGAACUCACAAGACUCUUUCUAAUUUGUGGAAAGAGUGAGAGACUUGGAAGAUCUGCUCAGCAAUCCACUUCAGCCCAGUAUCUCUAGUGAACCAAAGCCUUUUCUGUUGAGCAUGUGGCUGGAAAAUCUUCUCUUCUGCUCUGAACAGAUCCAGCCUGGCACCAACAGAAGAAACACCUCAAGCAGAAAUGAGGGAUUCGGAAUGUCAUUAAGGAUUUUGAGUUGAAAGUAUUUUGUUUGUUUAUUAAAUACUAAUUAUAGAGCAAUCACAGGCACUUUACUUUCAGCCACUGGUUAGGGGAUCUGCUCCCCCUCUGUUCUGAUGUUGAUCAUUAAGAGGGGGGGCGCUUUAUCAGAAUCCUUGAUCCAAUCCAGCAGUACGCAAUCAAAACUUGGGCCAUAUAUAGAGGGGUAUAGGGGACUUCCUAUAUUACCAAACAUGCUUUACUAAACAGCCAAAUAAAAUACUCAUUGAGGUGAACUAUGAACGAUGUCUAACGAGUAGCUAAGAGGCUGGAACUCCUGAAGCAGAAAGCAGGCCUGCACAGUGUUUUGAUUUGAGGUACCCAGACUAUAAAGAAACGCUUCAUAUAUGGAGAUGUGAGAUGUUGAUGAAUCCUUACACCUUUAAAAUUAAAAAAAAAAAAAAACUUUUUUACUCUGGCUCCAGCUCAGUUGCUACCAACACGGGCAUGUUACAGUAUUAGUUAUUGUGCACAUUCUCCACGGAUGGUGAAGUUUAACAGCCAGAGCCACAAAAGGGUUGGUAGUCAAAGGCAGACGGCACACGCCAUCUCCUCCGCUUGUAAAUAGUCCAGGUCUUGAGAACGAGACGUCUCAUUAUCACUGGAGUGCACCAUUGAUGGCUAGAUCUAUAUUUUGUAAGAAAAAUGGAAAAAAAGGCCCCCUCCACUCCGUGUUCUCACUACAAUACAAUGUAUAGUGUACAAUAUUGCACGAUGACGAAGCAUAGAAAAAGGGGCAGUUGCAUCUCAGUUUCUCCAUUUGGAUUGAGACUUAUUUUCCUCGUUUCCUUGGAAGCGAGCAUCAGCAGUAUAAAAGCAUGGUUAUUUAUUGUGACAGUGUCAUGUUUCUUUGAUUAAAAAAAAAAGAAGGAAAAUCU